ACACGCGUGUGAAGGAAGUGCAGUGACAGUUCUGUAGCAGCUGCUGCUUCUUGCACCACACAGAACCGGAUAAACUGUAUCUUGUUUAUUCUUUUUACAAUGUCGUGGCUGUUCGGUCUGAAUAAGGGACAGCCCGAAGUGCCUCCCGGGCUCCCGGUACCGCCUCCACCGCCACAACCGCCCGCCGGAGGCUCCAGUGGCGGCGGAGAUAAACCCAAGGACAAAUGGAGCAACUUCGAUCCCACCGGGCUGGAGCGGGCUGCUCAGGCGGCCAAGGAGCUCGACAAGUCUCGACAUGCCAAAGAAGCUCUGGAUUUGGCUCGAAUGCAGGAGCAGACCACUCAGAUGGAGCAUCAGACCAAAAUGAAGGAGUACGAAGCAGCACUCGAGCAGCUCAAAGGCGACCAGAUCCGAAUCCAGGCAGAGGAGAGGAGGAAAACUCUAAAUGAGGAGACCAAGCAGCAUCAAGCAAGAGCUCAAUAUCAAGACAAGCUUGCCAGGCAGAGAUAUGAGGACCAACUAAGGCAACAGCAAGCCCUGAAUGAGGAGAACCUCCGCAAACAAGAAGAGUCCGUUCAGAAGCAAGAGGCCAUGAGGAAAGCAACGAUAGAGCAUGAGAUGGAGCUGAGGCACAAGAACGAGCUCCUACGUAUAGAGGCGGAGUCUAAAGCAAGAGCCCGUGUGGAGAGGGAGAACGCCGAUAUCAUCCGCGAGCAGAUCAGACUGAAGGCGGCAGAGCACAGACAGACUGUCCUAGAGUCCAUAAAGACUGCUGGUGCUGUGUUUGGAGAAGGAUUCAGAGCCUUUGUGUCAGACUGGGACAAAGUCACAGCCACAGUGGCAGGUCUGACCCUUUUAGCUGUGGGAGUUUAUUCAGCCCGAAAUGCAACAGCAGUGGCAGGUCGCUAUGUCGAGGCAAGGCUAGGGAAGCCUUCACUGGUGCGAGAAACAUCCCGAUUCACGGUGGGAGAGGCAAUCAAGCAUCCAGUCAAGACAGUUAAACGGCUGAGGAGCAAACCUCAGGAUGCCCUUGAGGGAGUUGUGCUAAGUCCUUCCCUGGAAGAGCGUGUGCGUGACAUCGCUAUAGCAACAAGAAACACUAGGCAGAACUAUGGCCUGUACAGGAACAUCCUCAUGUAUGGCCCCCCAGGCACAGGCAAAACUCUUUUUGCUAAGAAGUUGGCAAUGCAUUCUGGGAUGGACUAUGCAAUCAUGACUGGUGGUGAUGUGGCACCCAUGGGCCGUGAUGGCGUGACAGCGAUGCAUAAAGUGUUUGACUGGGCAAACACGAGUAGACGCGGACUUCUUCUUUUUGUUGAUGAAGCUGAUGCAUUCCUUCGCAAAAGAUCCACUGAGAAGAUCAGUGAAGACCUCAGAGCUACUUUAAAUGCAUUCUUGUAUCGCACUGGAGAACAGAGCAAUAAGUUCAUGAUGGUGUUGGCCAGUAACCAACCGGAGCAGUUUGACUGGGCCAUAAAUGACCGUAUAGAUGAAAUAGUGAAUUUUGCUCUCCCAGGACCCGAGGAGAGGGAGAGGCUGGUGCGGUUGUACUUUGACAAAUAUGUGCUGGAACCAGCCACUGGAGGGAGGCAGCGGAUGAAGCUGGCACAGUUUGACUACGGUAAAAAGUGCUCUGAGAUUGCAAAGAGGACUGAUGGCAUGUCAGGACGAGAGAUCUCUAAGCUUGGUGUGGCCUGGCAGGCGGCAGCAUAUUCAUCUGAAGAUGGCGUCCUGACCGAGGCAAUGAUUGAUGCUCGAGUUGAUGAUGCUGUCAAGCAGCACAUUCAGAAGAUGGACUGGCUGCAUGCAGAGGAAGAGGCUCAGGGUAAGACCCUGACACCUCCCCCAGCUGGGGCAACAGCCAGUGGAGGUAAAAUGGGCUUUAAUCUGCCUCUAAGUGAAGAACCUAAAGCUGAGGAGGUGAUCGCUCCAGUCCUUGAGAUCGAUACAAAACAAGAAGGUGAAAGUAUAGCACCUCCUCUGUCAGACAUUGAUCAAACAGCAGAAGGCAAGAGUGGACAGGACUCUAAUGAUGCUUUUAAAGCAGAAGCUGCAGCAGCAGAGAGUUUAGCCCAGCCUACUGCCUCUACUGACACUGACGGCAAGGUGGAGAAGGGAGAAAAACCUGUUUCUUUGCCAAAGGAUGGAACUCCAGUUUGAUUUGGUCCAGCUCCUCAAUAAGUCCACAGGUCAUGUUUUAAGAUCUGUUCAACUGUCUGUGCCAGAAGAUGAAAGUCAGCUGGUUAAAAAAGAAAAUUAAGUUUUCAAUACAAAACUGAUUCCUAAGACUCUGUCACUCUAAUAUAUAAUGUAUGGAUUAAUGGAUAAAACUGUGCUUAUCUGGAAGCCAGACUGUCUGUGUUAACAGUAUGUAAAUGUUGUGCACUGUAGACUGUCCAUUGGACUGAUUAAAUGGAUCUUUUUUAU